AUUAAAUAUUAAAUUUCUGAAUUUUUGAAAGAUAUAUUUUUUUAAGACAAUCUAAAAAUAUGCAAUGACCACUAAUAAAGAAGAACUGAGCGAGGAUAAAGCACUACCGGAAAAGGAAUACAGUUUGAAGAAUUUAGAAGAUUGUGUACAAAAACUUUAUGAUUAUCGUGAUCAUUAUUUUGAACGAAACACGAUAGACGAUGCAAGCAAACGAAAAAAUGAUAUUGAUAUACAAUUAAAAAAUACACUGGAUGAAUUAGAUAAAUUUCAAGAUGUUAUACAAAAAGAGGAUAAGCCGAUGUUUUAUUAUUUAAAAGGUAAAUCGUUAAACGUAACUGCCGACUUUGAUAAAAAUGCCUUAGAUUUAUUAUCGAAAGCUGUGAAAUUAGAUCCAAAAUUAGUUGAUGCAUGGAACGAAUUAGGUGAAUGUUAUUGGAAGAAUGAUAAUAUUAAAGAAGCAAAAAAUUGCUUUAACGGUGCUCUAGCACAAAGACGUAAUAAAAUCUCAUUACGGAAUCUUUCGAUGGUAUACCGACAAGAAUGUGCAACGACAAAAGAACAACAAAUUGAAAAUAUACAAAAAGGUGUUUCAUAUGCAAAAGAAGCUUUAGAUUUAGAUCUAAAUGAUGGUAAUUCAUGGGCUGUACUUGGUAAUGCACAUUUAUCAAAUUAUUUUCUUAUUUCACAAAAUCCACGAACAUUAAAAAUGUGUAUGUCAGCGUAUAAUCAAGCUAAACGUGAUAUUAUCGCUCGAAAUAAUCCAGAUUUACAUUAUAAUGUUGGCAUAGCGUUAAAAUAUGAGGAAGAGUAUUUAGCUGCAUUAAAUUCAUUUAGUCGAGCUCAAGCUUUAGAUCCAACCUGGGAUUUUCCAAAAAUUAAAGAAGAACGUUUACUGAAAUAUUUAGAAAGUGUAAAUGAAUUAGUUGCGACAAAUGGACGAAUGAAAGGACGUAAAUUACAACAAUUGAUUCAAUCAAUCGAUAAUAAACCAUCAAUACAAGAUUUGCUAACAGUAAGUAUUUCAUCAUUAAAGCCAGGCAUUAAUAAGAACGUAAUAUUAUGUGGUAAAGUUGUAUGUUCUGUUCAAAAUGAAGAUUCGGUACCAUUUACAUUCUGUUUAAUUGAUAAAGAAUCAACAUGUAUAAUGGUAUCGGUGUAUAAUUUAGCGGAAGGUAAAGGUGUUAUUAUUGGUGAUUUAGUUGCCAUUCCCGAACCAUUUUAUUCAGAAGUGCAUGUUAUUUAUAAAGAUAAAACGUAUAAUUUUAAGAAAAUACGUGUGGAAAGUCCUUUAUCACUCGUUGUUAAUGGCAAAAAAUUAAAUAGGAAUCAACAAGCUGGCACUAGGAUGACAACCUUUAAGAAAAGUAGCUAAUAUUUUCUGAUCGAGUAAAAUAUUAAAAAAAAAAUAAAAUCAAGUGUAAUAGAGUAGUUGACCAUUGCAAAUUAUUUAGGAAAUUAAACAUACAAAUUUAUUGUUAAAAUAAAAUUAAAAACGAACUUUUUGUUUGUGCAAAAUUCAUAAUAUGGUAUUACACUAUUUUUGAAAAAGUACUUCAAAAUGUUGAUUUUGCUAA